AUGUUGGCCAAGGACUAUAAGAUGGUCCCAUCAUGGGAACCCAACUCGAGCUCCGCGGGCGCUAAGGCUGCCCUGAUAGCUUCUGCCUCGGCCAGGAAGCAGGCAUCUGCGACGACCUCUAGCCCGUCACGUCACGAUUCAUGGGGAAACAGCGCCGCCAACCAGGCUUUCAAGCAAAGCCUGUCAGUUCGGAAGCCUGCGCACGCCACUUCGACCGACGGUCUUGGUUCUCUCUCCGCGGCUCAAAGCGCUAUGCCCGCUCCACGGCGGACGAGGCCACGCGCGAAAUCCACGCCUGUACCUAAGGAGUCGUAUCCCGAUGAGUCUAGAGCUGCGGCCAAUGCACUCAGUGCUGCCACUGCCGCUCACAGCCCUACGAAGCCCAAGUCACCGACCGAGACUUCCGGCUCAGUACCAUACACCAACCUGUCACGAAAGAUGUUCACCUCUUCUCCCGCCAUCGGUCCGGAACUUGAUGAGCAGAAGAGGGCAGACGUGCUACAUGCCUCCGCUGUGGCUAUGGCGAAGAAGAUGUACAGUCAGCAACAGAAGAUGGUUGACCAAACGCGCGAAGCUCACCGGCAAUCGGGUGACAUGAGCCCUGCGGAUAAUCAGCCGAGGCCCUACGUAAACCUGCAAGAGGCAGCGUAUAAGCUGGCUCAGGAACGGUUGUCAAAACUGAGCGAGGAACACCAACGUAACCGGGACUACCAGGAAUACUACGGCAACGGCAGUUCCGCGAAGCAACCUCAGAGGAUAUUUACCAUGAAGGGCAAGCUGAGGCGACGGUCUUCGAGCGACGGUGACAUCAAGGACGAGGACAAGGAGCAAUCUGAGCGUAUUAGAAGACAGAUGUCCAUCUUUUCCUCCAACCUGUCCAAGGUCGACGAGCAAAAGCGAGCCAAAGACCGCGAAGCCUUGAUGGCUGCUGCGCAGAGGAACGUCAGCGCCAGGUUGCAGGGAAUGGACGAGAAGAUCUCAGCGGAGACGGGCAUGGUGCCACCGAGUACCAUGACUGACUGGGAGUUCAAGGCUCACCUUGCCGCCCAAGCCAAACACUCGGUUCCCAACGAGAACGAGGGCAAACUCGAUAUUGGCGGCGGAAUGUUCAUGGACCAGGCGCUCAUUGAUGAGAUUGCCGCCAAGAGGGUGCAACCUGUUCUCGAUGAGAUCAACGAAAAGGCCGCCAUCGAGAAGGAGAGACAAGAAAUCGCCAAGGCAGAGGCCGAAGCCAAGAAGAGGGACGAAGAGAAGAGGAAGGAACGCGACCGAGAAAUCAGAGAGAUCAAUCGCAAGAUCAGGGAAUCAGAUAAGCAAGAGGAAAAAGAGAGGCGGCAUCGCGAGAAGAUGGAUUCCAAGGCCAAGAAGGAAGAGGAAAAGGCUGCCAGGGCGGAGGAGAAACGCCUUUCCAGCAGCGAGAAGCGCAGGUCGAAGCAGCCCGAGGUCCCUACCGAAGACUCUCUCGAGGCAGGAGAGACCUCCCAGCAGUACGAAACAAGUGACGCGGAUGCGCGGCCCAAGUCCAGCAGGGCAAGCCACACGAAGCCAACCAUCAACACCCAGAAAGAUGUUCCUAGCGGGAGUGACACUGCUCGCUCGCCGAGCGAGAGUGGAUCUCCGACACACAAGAUGAAGGAGUGGCUCAAAUCCCGCUUCUCGCGCCCACGGGGCCGUUCAGCCGCCGGGGAGAACCCUCCCGAGGAGAGGGGCUUUAUCGGCGGUGUCGCACUCACACGCCUUGCCAACGAGAGUGCAACCAGUCUCGAUGGGAGAUCAGCCAGCAUGCGCGAGGUCGCCAUCGCUGGCAAGAGCGGCAGCAAGUCGGUGGGAGAGAGUCCCCGGUCGCCCAUGGGCCAUGACGAUGUCAGCCCGAUCACGAGCGACGAUGAGUCGGAGCGGUUUGUGGAGGCCAGAGACGAUCUCGAGGGGCCCAUUUCGCCGCCGCCCACCCUCAAAGACCCUAGCAAGCACAAGAGCAGCAGCCCGACGAGAGACUCGCGGUUCCGAGAGAUGAUGGAAUAG